CCUCCGAGUCACGCUAUUGUUACAGCCCAGCGGGUCGUAGGGCUACUGGAUGAAUCGCUGGCUUCUUCUGACAUCCUCUGUCAAAGCUGUUCUGUUUUUAUAACGAAACAUGACAAGCAACCCCAAGACUCUAGCUCGAUUGGAUGCGGUUUUUCAUCGCUUAGAAGCUGUCAAUUCAAAACUUGGCGGAAAACCUGGGAACACGAGAGUAACAUCCUCUAAAAGCGAGUUUGAAAAAUUAGUGCAGCAACUAGAGUCUGCUACCGUGAGAAUAGAAUCCCGAUUGAAGACUCCUGGUGAUGCAAAUGGUGAUGGAUCCCCAAGCGUCCAAGGUUUUGAUCAAGUAUUGAAUGACAAACUGGCAAAGUUUUUUCAACUCUGUUAUGAAAUUGGUGGCGAUGUAAAGGACCAGGCUGCUCUGAUGAAGGAGGCUUUUACUGCGCAGCGGGAGUUCUUGGUGUGGGUAUCAGGCAGAGGACGCCAGCCACAGGAUGUUAUGUCUACAAAGCUUAAAUCAACAUCUGACAAGAUUAGCGAAGUUCAGGCUUUCUGUAACAGCCACCGAGGAAGCAAGCAGUUUAAUCAUCUUUCUGGCGUCAGCGAGGGAGUCGCGGCCCUAGCUUGGGUUGCUGCGCCAGGAAAACCAUCCUCAUUUGUUAAAGAAAAAUGCGACGCUGCACAGUUCUAUACGAAUCGAGUACUAAAGGAUUUCAAAGACAAGGAACCAAAGCACGCUGAAUGGGCACGCGGGCUCAUCGGUGCGCUAAAGCAGUUAGAGGAGUACGUGCGUGACCACCACAGUGUCACGCUUUCCUGGGGCAUGUAACGCAAGGUUCUGAUACACGAGAGGGGGCGGUCAUCACCGGGCCACAACAAUCAUGACCUGCCAUUUUCGCUACAUUUGCCAUGGACUUUGUCAAGUUUUGAUAAACAGUGCAACACAACUCC